AUGAGCUCUACCUCCCUCGACGACGAAACGAAGUCUGCUCCCGUCUUGGGACGUGACGCUAUCCAUGUUCAAACAUACAGCGCCGCCAGUCUUAGCCUGAAGGGGUCGACUGAUGUUGUGACAACACCGACGGGCCAGUUUGUUUCGACACUCAGCGAGGCGGAACAGCGCCGCAUCUGGCGUAAGCUCGACCUACGCUUGCUACCAUUCGUAUCAUUACUCUAUUUGUUCUCUUUCCUGGACCGCGCCAACAUCGGGAACGCGAAGGUAGCGGGUAUGGCCCGCGACCUCGAUCUAGUAGGGCUUCGGUAUAACAUUGCCGCCGCCGUAUUCUUUAUCCCUUACGCCAUCCUCGAGAUCCCCUCAAACGUCGCCUUGAAGAUCUUCAGGCCGUCAAUCUGGAUUCCUUCUAUCAUGGUGGCUUGGGGUAUCGUGAUGACCUGCAUGUGUCGUGUUCACACAUUCGAGGGCCUGGUAGCCGCGCGCGUGAUUUUGGGCAUGACCGAGACGGGCCUCUUUCCUGGGGUCACAUACUACAUCUCCUUGUGGUAUCCGCGUCGCCUGCAGGCCAAGCGUGUUGCGCUGUUCUUCUCUUCGGGCUCGCUCGCUGGUGCAUUCGGCGGCAUAUUGGCCUAUGGCAUCGAACAUCUCGAUGGCCGCGGUGGCCUACAUGGCUGGCAAUGGAUUUUCCUGCUUGAGGGGUUGAUGACGGUUCUCCUCGCUACACUGUCUUUCUUCUUCAUGCAUGACUAUCCUGCGACGGCGUCUUUCCUGACUAAGGAAGAGCGCGCCUUCGUCGUAGGCACUCUCGAGGCAGAGUCGAUGGGUCAAUCGACGCAAGUGUCUGCCAAGUUUGUAUGGCAAGCUCUUCUCGACUGGAAGAGCUGGUUGCAAGUGGGCAUGUACAUCGGUGUCCUUGUGCCUGUCUUUGCCGUGGCGCUCUUCAUGCCAUCGAUCAUCGCCGAGCUUGGCUUCACCGACGCGAACGCUCAGCUGCUCACGAUCCCACCCUUUGUCGCGGGUUGCGCUCUCACCAUCAUUGCCGGCAUGUACUCGGACCACAUCCAGCGACGAGGCGUCUUCUGCCUUGCUGGCGCCCUCAUCGCUACCAUCGGGUUCAUCGUCGCUUAUACAACAUCCGCUCCGGGACCAGGGUACGCCGCCGUGUUCAUUGCGACCAUAGGUGUAUACCCAGUCAUUGCGGUCGCUCUCGCAUGGGCGGGCGGGAAUGCGGGCGGUGACCUCAAGCGCGGCGUCGUGAUAGCGAUGGUCAUCGGCAUCUCGAACUUAGGCGGCAUCUGCUCUUCGUUCAUCUACUACGACCCACCCCACUAUCACCACGGACACGGUACGAUGCUCGGAUUCCUCGGAUUUUCCGUCAUCUGCUGUUGCGCUCUCAUGUACGCGUAUGAUCGGCUGAACAAGCAGAAGGAGGAGUACUGCCGUCGCGAAGGUAUCACUUUGGAUAUGGCGGCCGAGUUCGCGGACAUGGGCGAUAAGAGCCCUCUCUUCCGCUACGUUCUGUGA